GAGUGCUAAAAAAAGUACAAUGAGCCACUGCGGUCACCAGUUCGCUCCGCCGUGGCGGAGACAAGGAAUCCAUGGCGGCGGCGGGGUUCACCUCCAUAGCGUAGUGCACCACACAUCUGGCCAAAUCUUUGCAUGCAUUUUGCAGGAGUGGUUUUGGUGCUUUGCGAAAGGAUCUGUGCAUUAAAAGAACCCUUUUUUUUCACGAACACAAGCUGGAUUGUGGUUAGUAUGGCCCCUAAGAGAAGCACUAGAAGGCGGGCAAUACAGGAAAAAUGCAUCAUGAACUCCCUCCCGAGAGAGCUCAUUGAGCAGGUGUUUUUGAGGCUCCCAGCUAGCUUUUUGCUGCGGUGCAUUGGUGUCUGCAAGAUAUGGCGCAUCAUCAUCCGAGAUUCGCAGUUUGCCAUGGCACAUCUUGAGCAUGUACCACCCUGUACACUCCUGUUCUCCCCAAGUGAGUCGAUUUUAGGCACGCUGCGCCCCAGUGAUUCUGUUAUCUUUGACGAAGCCUGGUCACCAUCAACAUGGGCGGCACCAGUGAUUGGGCCAGAUGAUCUCCUCUGCGGUACAUGCAAUGGGCUCCUUUGCUUACACACACCUACAUCAACUCUCAAGAUAGCCAACCUAGCAACUGGUGAAUGUCUGCAUCUAAAGAAGCCUACAAAAAGCUUAAAGGAUGACCACUUUUCGUUCUACAGAUUUGGAUUUCACCCAGUCACUAAAGAAUACAAGGUUAUACAUUUUUGUCAGGAAAUUGGUCCAUUUACUGAAGACAGAUUUAAUGUCAUUCAAGUUUACACACUUGGUGAUGAGAAAUGGAAAGAUAUCGUAACUCCAGAAGCUCUAAGUUUGAACUGUGUGAAAAAAUCCGGAGUAGUUAUUGUUGAUGGUACAAUGUAUUGGCUUAUUGAAGAUGGUGGAUCUAAUUGGAAGCAUGCACUUAUGUCCUUUGAUCUUGGGGAAGGAAGUUUUGCACAGAUACAGCUGCCAGCAGUUGAGCUUGAAGAUUGGGCAUUUGGUGAUGGCCGUAAAUACUGGGUCAUAGAGAUCAACGGAAGGUAUGUGUAUCAACUGCUCACAGUAUGGAUGGAAUGCUUAUUUGUAAGCUGCAGAUCUGGGCACUUAAUGGAGCUGGGGAUCAAAGGUGGAGCCAUAUGUACAGUAUUCAACUUUCAUCAACUUUUGCCCGAAGACUACAUUUUGUUAAUGGAGAUAAGUUAUUGAUUCAACAUCGUGAUAAUAACUUGUAUUCUUAUGAAUUGCUUGGGAUGAACUUCAAGAUUGAAUUUAGCAAGAUGGUUAAGCUGUUAGGUUUGAGACCCUGGGGAGACGAUGACUUGCAAUUAUAUACCUGUGUGAAAUCACUUGUGCGUUUAGAUUUAUAUGCAAAUGCUGCUGUUGUGCGUCACCCAAAGAUGCAGGGGCGAUGGAAACUGAAAAAAUGGAAGGCAUGGCAGUAUAAGGAUUUCAAACUAGAGGAAAUGUUGAGAAAUCUUUAUCAAAUAGAGCUUGAUAUGCUGGAACUUACACAACGUGCGCGCAUAAGAGUCAUGGAGAUUGCACAACAUUUGCCGGAUGAGUUGAUUCAGCAGCGUGUAAGCAUGGAAAUUGAUGGGAUCUUGCAGCAUCUGCCAGGUUGUCCGCAUCCGACUCCUGUACGGCGGCUUAAUUGGGUGGGAAGGAUGGAGAACAUGAAGAAGUUAAGGGUGUAUGCAGAUGGAGUAAAUGGUAGAAUCAAGGUCUUUGAGCAAGCAGAGAAAGACAUAAUGAGCAUGCUGAGAAGAGAAGCUUGGGGUAUCUGAUGCUUUUUGUCAGAAAUAGAGCAUUCUGCGCAAGGUGGAAAACCAGGACUGCUAGAUGGAGGUGAUGGAGAAGUUAAGCAACGGUUAUCAUUGCUGCCAUCGGUUAGGUGAAGAACUGGACGUUGUUUUGCUUAGCUUGUAAUGACAUUUGCUUGUCGUGAGGCUGCUUAGAGGGAGCGUUAGAGGGAGAACCUUUUCCGUUAGCCUAAGAGUUCUGUUUGAGGUAAUCUCUGGUCUAGUUUACCUUUGUAAAGCUGGUAUCCUUACCAAAUUGCAAAUGUCUGAGCUGAGCAUGGAAGCCAAUGAGUUCUUGCAUCUUCUGCCAGAUGAGGUGGUUUGUCAGCGUAUAAUCAUGAAAACCCUAGCCUUUGGGACUUUGGUUGGCUAUAGAGUGCUAGUAACUUGACAUGGAACCAUGGAAGUUCAAACAACAAACUAAAGAAGAACGCAUAAACCUGAACUGCUUUUCCA